GGUCGUUACGAAGUCGCACUACCAUUCAAAGGAGAUGUUUUGUCAUUAGGGGAUUCACUGCAAAAGGCAACAACGCGCUUCUAUUGCUUAGAACGUAAAAUGUUAUCUUCGCCUAAGCUCAAGGAAGCUUACGAUAGUGUCAUACUCGAGUAUUUAGAAAAGGGGUAUAUUUCGCCAGUACUUCCAGAUACGGACGCAACACAGAGCUUACGGUCGUAUACCAUUUCGCAUCAUGGAGUUAUAAGAGAGGACAAGGUUACGUCAAGGUUACGCGUUGUCUUAGACGCUAGUGCUAAAACUACUACACAAGUAUCUCUCAAUGAUAUUUUAUACAGUGGUCAGAAUCUUCAAGGAAACAUAUUUAAUAUUAUGGUCAAUUUCCGCCUAUACCGCAUCGCUUUUUCCGCUGACAUACGUCAAAUGUUCCUUUGUAUUGGGAUUCGGCCAUGUGAUCGCAGAUUUCAACGUAUUUUAUAUCGCUUUUCCCCGCAAGAACCUUUGAAGACAUAUGAAUUCAACCGCGUUUGCUUCGGAUUAACGUCUAGUCCAUUCCACGCACUUCGUACUGUUAAGCAGCUACUUUCGGACGAAGGUGCGUCUUUCCCGCGAGCAAAGGAGACUGUCGAUACAGGUUUAUAUACAGAUGACUUUGUGUAUAGUGUCGAUAGUGAUGAAGAAGCUAUUAGUACCGCAGCCGAAGUAAUUGCUCUUUUUAAGGCAGGCCAGUUUGAUCUCGUAAAAUGGACAUGCAACUCACAAAGGGUUUUAGACUCCAUUCCGCCGUCUCAUCGUCUCUCUUCAGUUAAGGAGUUCGAUGAUUCUGAACCACAUAAAGUACUAGGCUUAUGUUGGUCUCCCGCUACAGACUGCUUUGGUCUUAAAAUUAGUACACCCGCAGAGUCUUGUACAAAGCGCACUAUUUUGUCUUGUGUUGCUAGAAUAUGGGACGUUAUGGGUUUCGUAGCUCCUGUAGUCCUAUACGCAAAACUUCUCAUUAAACAACUUUGGUUAUGUGAAUGUGAUUGGGAUGACAUACCACCUGAACAUAUUCUCCAACAGUGGUAUCGUUUCAAAGAGGAACUUCCUUUACUUAGCAAAAUAAAGAUUCCACGGCAUGUAGGCAUCUUUGCUGGUGACAUUAUAAACAUAGUGGGAUUUGCAGAUGCAAGUGAAAAGGCCUAUGGUGGCGUAGUUUACUUCCACGUUAGAGAUAGUGUCGGUCUGCGUGAGAAUGAAUUUCAUUUGAUAAUUGCUAAAUCGAAAGUUUCGCCUCGUAAAGUCAUAUCACUCGCACGUUUAGAGCUUUGUGCAAUCCUUGUAUUAAGUAACUUGAUUACCAAGGUAAUGGAAGCUUGCAAUAAUCGCAUAAAUAUUCAUAGAAUUUUCGCAUUUUCGGACUCAACGGUUGCCUUGUGUUGGGUGCAUUCUUCGCCCCAUCGUUGGGAUACCUUCGUGGCUAAUCGUGUAACUAAAAUACAAAAUGACCUUCCCGUGAAUACAUUUUAUCAUGUAUCAGGUAUUGAUAAUCCCGCUGAUUGCUUAUCUAGAGGGCUCACCCCCGCACAAAUAAUCGAUCAUCCGCUUUGGUUCUGUGGUCCCGAAUGGGUUAAAUUGAAUCCAGAUCAUUGGCCAGUUAUCGCUUUUAACCCAUCGACAGUGUCGCAUCCACCUGAAGAAAGGAAUCAUGUUCAUGUCACCGCUGAAUUUAUGGAAGAAAACUUGAUCGUGUCGCUUGCAGAUCGCUUUUCAUCUUGGUCAAAGCUUCUACGCUGUGUAGUUUUUAUAUGUCGUUUUGCAAAGUUAUUACCGCUUCGUGAAGCUAUCGUUGCGUCAGAUUUAAAUUACGCUGAAAAUUUAAUAUGGCGUCAAGUUCAACGCGCUCACUUCCCUAACGAAAUAGCUAACUUACAGAAAGGAAAAUGUUGUAGUCCGGCGUUUCAACGCCUCAAACCAUUUACACAGGAUAAACUCAUUAGAGUCGGAGGUCGUUUAAGGAAUUCUGAUCUAAGUUUUGACAAUAAGCACCCUAUCAUACUUCCGCGAAAGGGUCACAUUGUAAACCUUUUAGUUGACUACAAUCAUAAGUUGAACUGCCACGCGGGCCCGGAUCUUUUGAUGUCUAUACUACGCCAAAGAUAUUGGAUUCUAUCCGCUCGUAAUUUGAUUCGUAGUCGGGUGCACAAAUGUUUACCCUGCUUUCGACUCAAUGCUAAGCCGAGUUUUCCAGAAAUGGCAGAUCACCGCUCUUGUCGAGUUACGCCAGCUGUUAAGCCUUUUGUACAUACGGGAACGGAUUACGCAGGCCCUUUUAAGGUGACUAUGUCACGCGGUCGUGGAAUUCGUCCAACCAAGGCAUACGUGUGCCUUUUCGUAUGCUUAACCACUCGCGCAGUGCACAUCGAAUGUGCUACUGAUUUAAGCACCGCCAGUUUUCUCGCGGCUUUUAAACGAUUUUUAUCACGCCGUGGUUUUGUUUCGCGUCUUUAUUCUGAUAAUGGAGGAAACUACGUGUGUGCUAAACGUGUUCUUUCAGAAUUACACGACUUUUUAAUGUCAAAACAUUUCAAGACUGAAUUUGGUCAUGUUUUAGCUGAGCAUCGCAUCCACUGGUCAUUAAAUGUCCCAACUGCCGGUCACUUUGGUGGUAACUGGGAAACCAAUAUUAAGAGCCUAAAAACUCACUUAUAUCGUGUAGUAGGCGACCAAAUUUUAACGUUAGAAGAGUUUAGCACUGUACUUACCCAAAUCGAGGCAGUAAUGAACUCUAGGCCUUUGUGUCGCACGCUAUCUAAUGAUCCUUCAGAACCGCUCGCGUUAACACCGGCUCACUUUUUAACGCUUACGCCUCUAAAUUACCUACCGGCUAGAGAAAUAGAGGAAGGGCCGUUACAUUUGCUUUCGAGACAAGAUUUAAUUGAUAAGCUUGUUCAGUCUUUCUGGAAGCGAUGGAAAUCUGACUACUUACAUACCCUUCAAAUGCGAAGCAAAUGGAACAAGCCAACCAACCCUAUCGAGGUAGGUGAUGUCGUAAUUAUAAAGGUUGAUAACGCACCGCCGCUUCACUGGCCAUUAGGGCUAGUCGAGGAAGUAUUUCCUGGAUCAAACAAUGUUACUCGAAUUGUUCGCGUGCGCACUGCUAUAGGUUCAUAUUUGCGUCCUGUAGUACGUCUUUGUCCGCUACCUAAAUAAUUUUGUUACUUUCGCUUAGUUUAGGAUUAGGUUAAGAUUUCGAUUACUUUUGUUCGCAUAAUAGUUUUGAAGGCAAGGCUUCAAGCCCGGGGGGAAUGGUUGCGCGGAAUAUAUGUAUUUAUAUUAUAUAUAUUUAUUUCUUAUUAUCCUACUCCUCCUUCAGUAUCCUCUUUACCGCUUCUAUAUUCCAUUUCCUAAUGGCAGCGUACAAGGCCACAGAGAUGGCGCUAGUGGUUCGCAAAAGCCUUCAAAUCCGCUAAUUACGCGAAGUGAAUCGAAGGACGAUCGUUAUUGCUUUCGAAGUGCCGCUGAGUGACACCGCUGCGCCGCCGCACGCAUUAUAUUGAGAUUCGCGCAAUCACCGCACUAACUUUAUAAAUUAAUUAAAUACCUGUGUAUGUGUCAAGUUUUAGUCAUAGUGUUUCCUACUUGGAGAUCAGCUGGAGACAGAACGAGCUCAUCAAACAAGGUAGGUACGUUGCCUUCCUUCCGCCAUAUUACAAUAUAAUCCUAAUUUAAGUAUAUAGUUAUUUCCUACCUCCUUAAUUUGAACCAGCGCAUACAGUCCACUAAAUUCCGCA